AUGGAGUUGAUGAAGUCAAAACGUUUCUACGAACACUUAUUGUACAUUUUCCUUGAUGAUACUGCUGUUGAAACAAUAAGGAAACAAAUGAUUGCCGGUGAAAUAUGCGAAGACAAUACUGGAAUAUGCAAGGAAUCUGACUUCAUGCCAAUGCUUGAAAAUUUUAUUAAAGGCCUGUUUGAAGAAGAAAAAGAAAUGUUUUUCGCUAACACGCUUGUUAGAUUCUUUGAUUCGAAAAAUUCAACGUUCCACACCUUGAAACUAAACCCCUAUAAGAUAUUGAUCCGUGAAGUACGAGAACAUAAAAAGUAUAAAUCAGUAAGAGAUGCCUUUGAAUUCUCCUUAGAUGAAGCAUUUGCACAUUCACAUGCGAACAAAAUGGGCGCAUCAUUUUCAAUGAUAGCAUUAGUAAACAAUAAAUUUGCAUCCGAAUUAAAGGCUGACCUCAAAAAAUUCGUUCCUACGACUUACGGAAUAUCAGUGAAUGGAGUAUACCAGCACCCUGUAUUUGUGGACAUAAUCCCGCUUGACGAGAAAUCUAAACUAGUCAUAGGCGAAUCAAAUUUAUUAUGCGAAAGCACCCAAUCAUUUGGCAAGGUUAACCUUAAGACCUAUGAUGACAUUAAGUUCGAAAUUGACAAUGAACCAUUCGAACGUCCAGUAUUCACUGGCUUCAAAUUCACGACUAAGAAUGACUUAGUAACAAUUAAUGAAUCAGGACCAUCAGGCCACUUGAAGGGUAAUUAUAGUGAAGUCAAGCUUAAAUUCAAUAGGGAUGACUUUAAAGUAUUUUUUGGAAUAUCUGACAUAUUACCCACAACUUGCCUUACAGAAUUAGGUCAAUCCAAGAUUCCAGUCCAGAAGGCACUUAAAUCCUCUGUCACCUACGCUAAAGAAAGCGCAAAAUCAUACCACAUCAUUGCAACAUGUGCCUCAUUCGGAGACAACGAAAAGUCUAAGGCUGCACACAAUUAUUUACUGACCUUCAAAGGCAUUGUUCUUGGAGAAUACAGUGUAGUUGCAAAAGAAGAAGUGCCAGAGAAGUUGUACGGAGAAUGUGAUUUGUUUAGCUUGUACAAGUAUAUGCCCGGUGCUCCUCACUACAACGAGAAAAAUUAUCUCGUUGCAGUCCCAGACCAGCUCAAGUCAUACAAAGUAGAAGGGCACGUACAGAAAAUAGAGUCUGCUGAGAGACCAGUUGCGUUCAGCGAAAAACACAAGAAAUACCUAAGUUACAGGACAGUACAAAAGACCAUUGGCGAACUUGUUCUUGACCCAAAACCACUACCAGCUGAAAAGAAAACCACAAAGACCCCCGCAAAGAGAAAAAAUACUGAGAGUCUUGAACAAAGAAGAUACAAAGUUCAACAAUACGUUAAACUAAUGAAAAGCAAAAACAACAAAGUGAAAUUUGAAGAUUUCCCAGAAGACAUAAGAACAGAAUACAAAUUUCUAUUACUACAAGAACUUCUUGGUGGUUUGGAUUUGAAUCAGGUUCCAAAAGAAAAACCUAAGAAAAAAUAA